AUGAAAACAAUUAUGUUACCGCUUGCAAUUUUAAGUUUGUUGGUGAGGGUAUCGCACCAGUGGGUUGUUGACGAAGAAAUGGAAGGAGGUUACCCAAAACAGCCUGCUGCUGAAUCGUCAAGAUUUGACCCUUAUUCAAACGUGACCCCUUUGAGUGUUCAAUCAAGUUCAACUACAAUUAACUCCACAUACAGCUCGAUUACACAGACUGAAUCAUUAUCUUCAACCUCAAGAGGAGACGCACAGCAUAUUAUAGUACCAGUAUUUGCUUAUUAUGUAGUUCACUUAAUGUUAUAG